GAUACGAUUGAAGCAAAAGUGCUGUUAAUCGGAUUAAAAAAAAAAGGCAUGUCCUGUCCUAUCCAAAAAGAUAACUUCCAAGUCUGAAGCAAAGAUAACAGAACGCAGAAGCGAAAGAACAAGAGUUUCGAAAUCCAUUCAAUGGCUACAUCCACGAAAUUGGUUGAAUCAUUAGGGAACUUAGAGAGAGAUUCAUUCCUAUCCCUUCUCUCCAAUCUCAUCGCUGAAUCCAGACACGUCCAGAACAAUCCACCCGAACUCAUUCCCGAAGAGGACAGAGUAGUCAACCACUUGUUAAACUCACUCUUACCCUUCAGCACCACCACCGGCGGCGGUCCCUUAAUCCUCAACCAUGUCACCUAUUUCCCCGGCAGAGGUAACCUCAUCGUCGAGUACCCUGGAACCGUUCCCGGCAAGAUCCUCUCCUUUGUUGGCUGCCACAUGGAUGUUGUCACUGCAAACCCUAACAAUUGGGAUUUUGAUCCGUUUACUUUGAGUAUCGAUGGUGAUAAGCUUAGGGGUCGUGGAACUACUGAUUGUUUGGGACAUGUUGCACUUGUUACUGAACUCAUGCGGAAGCUUGGUGAAACUAAGCCGAAUUUGAAAUCAACUGUUGUUGCGGUUUUUAUAGCGAAUGAAGAGAGUUCUGCGAUUACUGGAGUUGGUAUUGAUGCACUUGUUCAAGAUGGUCUUCUCAAUAAGCUAAAGGAAGGUCCUCUGUUUUGGAUCGAUGUGGCUGAUAAACAACCGUGUAUUGGAACUGGUGGUAUGAUACCUUGGAAACUUCAUGUCACUGGGAAACUUUUUCACAGCGGGUUGCCUCACAAGGCUAUAAAUGCUCUGGAGCUAGCCAUGGAUGCCAUAAAGGAAAUCCAGCUGAAGUUUUACAAGGACUUCCCACCUCAUCCACAGGAACAGGUUUAUGGGUUCGCAACCCCUUCGACCAUGAAACCAACUCAAUGGAGUGAUCCUGAAGGUGGAAUCAACCAAAUUCCAGGGGAAUGCAACAUUUCAGGAGAUGUCAGAUUAACUCCAUUCUACAAUGUGAAGGAUGUAAUGAAGAAGCUGCAAGAAUAUGUGGAUGACAUUAAUGAGAAUGUACAGAAGCUAGAAUCUCGGGGUCCAGUUUCAAAAUAUGUCCUACCAGAUGAAGGCUUAAGGGGGAGCCUUACUCUAACUUUUGAUGAGGCUAGUUCUGGAGUUGCCUGUGAUCUCAAUUCGAGAGGUUUCCAUGUUUUAUGCAAAGCAACUGAAGAAAUAGUUGGAAAUGUAAAGCCUUUCUCAAUUACUGGGAGUUUGCCUCUCAUUCGGGAACUUCAGGAUGAAGGUUUUGAUGUUCAGUGUGUUGGCUAUGGUCUGAUGGCAACUUACCAUGCUCAGAAUGAGUAUUGUCUUUUUUCAGACAUGUCACAAGGAUACCAGGUGUUUGCGAGCAUCAUCGCGCAAUUGGAAAAUUGAGAAUGACAUAGGAACUAGUCAUACAAGUGUCAAGUGGACUAUGAAUAUGUCUUGUUGAGAUUAAUAUGAUUAAUUGUUAGAUUGUGCAAAUGACUUAGUUCAAACGUUCUUGACUUUUCCUGAACAUUUACAAGAUGGACGAACUUGAUUUAAUUUGUGUGCCAUAAAUUUCGGUUAAAAUGCAGUGUUUAAUUUGUUUGCUUGUGAAA